AAAUGACGGUAUGUAGUGGAUGGUAGUUGAUUUCGUACCAAUUAGCACAGCGUUCGAAACAUAUUUUUCCUUGUGUAUAUAAAUAUUACGCGUUCUCAUGUGGAUAUGAUUUUUUAAAUUAAUUUUUUGUCGUAGUUAUAACUUCUGCAGUGAUUUAAUCGUAUCGAAAUGUCUGUCGCAGAGUUUCUGAAGGGCUUGCCUUCGCACAAUGAAAAUAAUUUUGCUAAUUUUCAUACGGACAAUGGAAAUAGAACUUGUGUAAAAAAACCUUCAGUUUAUCUACCAACAAGAGAUCAUCCCUCAGAACAAGUCAUAGUUACCGAAAAAACAACUAUAUUAUUAAGGUACCUCCACCAGCAAUGGGACAAGAAGAACACUGAUAGGAAACGAGAUUUUUUAUCUGCCAAUGGUGACUCUGAAGAUGAUUCUGGAACAACAGUUCGUAGCAAAAGGCAACGUCUUGACGCAAAUAAUAUUCUUUAAAAUAUAUUGCGAAGUUUGGUUUAUAUUUCUGAAUGGAUUACAUUUUUUAUGUAAUCAAGACAAACCAUACAUCAACAACACACAGUGCAAAUAUGAGUCUCAAAUGUUACAGAACAUAUCUGUGUAUUAGAAAGAUUAUUGCAAAACGUUUCCUAUAGAUUUUAAGUAUAUAAUUUGUAUUUGAACUAUAUGUUAUUCAAAAGAUUGAGUUUAAGUUUAUGGAAAGAACGUUUCCAAUAAUUUUUCUUUAGAUAUAUGAUAUUACUGUAAUGAAAAUAGGAUUAAUUGCUAUGUUGAAUUGAUGAGCGCCUUUCUGUAUUGUACUGUAUGUUCAAAAUUGAUUCAUGAAUCAGUACAUGGCA